AUGAAAAAUUUUUACAUCAAGAGUUGCUACUACUACCGUUCAGAUGACCAAGCGAUAGAUAUAUACUCUCCGAGUAGUGAUACCAAAAUACUAAUCGAAUCAACAUAUUUUAAACAGUGUUCAACAAAUGCAAAUUAUCCAUGCGUUUCUGUAGGAGAUAGAGGUAAUUUUGUUCAAAACAGAGUGUGCUACGUGCAGUGCAAGGGUGGAGACAAAGGAGAACUGAUAUCAUCACAAACAGACUUUUAUCAGUUGAAUUUUAACAAAAUUUUUGAGUCAACAAUCUUGUAUAACGGACAUAAUAAUUCAAAUAAUCCAGCACUCUACUUCUGCAAUGGAAUUAUCCAGAUCUCCAAAGUAAAUAUCAGUCAUAACUUCAACAAAGUGAAUUCUGGCUAUUUCAUGUAUAACUAUCACCCAGAAUCAAUAAUAAACUAUACAAAUAUUGACAAUAACACGCAAACAGAAGGCCACGUCGCUGUUCAUAUUGAAACUCCAUUCAAACUAUUGACGGAUAUAGUUUUACAUAUAUUUUCCUGCAACUAUAUUAGAAAUACAGGAAGAUCUUCCAUAUUUUACACAGAAAUUAACGGAAUAAUUUCGAUUGAACAAUCAUGUAUUGCAGAUAACAAUGUUAACCAUACGUUUUAUAUCCAAUCUGGAAAUGUAUUAUUAGACAGUUCUUACUGUGACAGUAAUACAACAUUUAAUAAAAAUAAGCCUCAAAUUAUGAACCAACUAGAAAACUAUUCAGAAAUUUCUAAUCAAUUUCAGUUGCAAUCAGCCUGUGAAGUAAAAAUUGACAAAAUUAUCUGA